CCACAACUCUAUACCUAUCAUUUCCACUCUUAGUUCUUUGUGUAUGUGUGAGAAAGAGAGAGAUAUGGCUGAAGAAUGCAUAGAAAGCUCUGUUGCUACCUCUUCCUCUACACCUACAAACUGGUGGGAUAUCCCUGGUGCUUCCUCUCUUCCUGCAUGGAAUAAUAACCCUAACUCAUGGCACCAUCAAAACCCUAACUCCAACUCUUCUUGUGAGGAGGAUGUUUCAAUAUCCACAUCGUUUACUAAUGCUUCCAACCACUCGGGCUUGACUGUCGAAUCCUCUCGCCGGCUUGCUGAGCCUGCUUCGUCCAACGAUUUGAUUGGAGAACAUGCCUCUGAUAAUAAUCUUUGGAGCCAUGUUCUUUUAAGUGUUGGAAGCAAUGGAGAAUUGCAAAACAAUCAAGAUGUAGAAGAGAACUUUGUUGAUGCAUUAUCAUCCAAGAGUAUGUCAACUGGGAUGUUUGAGCCUGCCUGUGACUACUUGAAGAAAUUGGACAACAGCUGGGAAUUCACAAACUCUACAUCAUUCAACAAUUUUGAAAAGCAUAUAAAUGGGUUCAAUGAUAGCGUACUUGAUAAUGAAAGGUUAAACAAGUUGUCCAAUCUAGUUAGCACUUGGUCUAUUGCCCCUCCAGACCCUGAUGUCAAUCGCCAAUUUGACCCCCAAACAUGCAAUAUAUCUUUGAGUUCUUCCAUGGAUCAUUACUCACAACCUGAUCUUUGUCACAUGAAGCAUGCCUUUGCUGAUUCCACAUCAUGUGACUUGGGAACAACUAGGAAUUCUUCUUUAUUUCCAUGUUAUAGUCAUGAUAUGAAAGUUGAGAAUGAACGCCGUGAGACUGAAGCCCCAGUUGCUUUAUUACGAAGAUCAUUCAACAGUAAUGGUGUUGGAUAUCAAAUUGGAGUUAACAGCUCCUUGAUGGGAGAUAAUCCCAGAUCAUACUUCUAUGGGAUGCCUAAUUCUUCUCCUUGCAGAAGCAUAAAAAGCUUUGCAGAUGUUAUAUCUUUCAGUAAUCGCAUGGGCAAGCCCUUGAUGGACAUUCAUGCACCUAACAACUGUUUCAAAUCUUUGAACACCUCUGAUUAUAAGAAGCAAGGGCUGCAAACUUCUAUGUUGAGAAAUUCAAGUUGCUCCAUGCAGACUAGAAAUAAUGGAAAAGGACAGGGAAUUGCAAAUGAAGGAAAAAGGAAAAGGUCUGAAGAUGGUUCAGAAUCAGCCCUGAAAAAACCAAAGCAAGAGAGUCCUACAGCUUCAUCAGUAAAGGUGCAGGCACCAAAAGUCAAGCUUGGAGACAGAAUCACGGCCCUUCAGCAAAUUGUGUCACCUUUUGGAAAGACUGAUACUGCAUCGGUGCUCUUUGAAGCUAUUCAAUAUAUUAAGUUUCUACAAGAACAAGUACAGCUACUGAGUAACCCUUAUAUGAAGACGAAUUCGCACAAGGAUCCAUGGGGAAGCUUGGAUAGGAAAGAAAAGGGAGACACAAAGCUUGAUCUCAGGAGCAGAGGUCUUUGUUUAGUUCCUACCUCAUGUACCCCUCAAAUUUACCGUGAGAACACAGGAUCAGACUACUGGAGUACACCAACAUAUAGAGGGAGUUUGUAUAGGUGAACUUAAUAAGUCUAUACCUAGUUUAAAUAUCUUGCAAUCCAUUGUACCUUUGUUAGCAGAGGUGCACUUAAUUAAGCAGCUCAAGAAAUUAAAAAUAAAAUGUAAUGUUAAAUCAAUGGUAAAUCAAGAGAAGCAUUAGGUUUCUUGGUUG